ACGAGACGGGGAGAGCUGUACUCGCGGGAAAAAUGGCGGAAUUGUGAAGAACUCUUCAUCCACAUCGGGGGUUCAAAACAUUGCCCCCAGGUCCGCAUUUCGUGUUCGUCUUCAUGCGUAAGUACAUGUUUUUCUUGGGCAAUGAUCCUCCAUGGAGUUCCACAGGUUCGUUUUCAGUUUCGAUCGGGUUUUACUGUGUUUUUGACAAAGUUCGGGUCUGCAGAGCGAUCGUUGGGAUUUCACGCCUCCCCGUCGAUCGUCCCUCACUGAGUUAAAUGCCGAAGUCUCUCUCUGCAACUUCUCUGCACUGAUGAAGUUCGUUAGACGUAUUGCAAUCGGAAGAAACGGCGUUUGUUUAUUUUGGUAACUAGAGAUGCAGCAAUAGAGAAAAAAAUCCGGACUGAUAACGACUGAGAUUUGCAAAUACCGACGCAGCUUUGAGGAGAUUCCGUGACUCGGUCAAUGAAUCCAAGUCUGAUCCAGAAUUUACAUACGAGAAUAAAGGGGCAACGUUGUUAUUUGUUAUCAAUAUCUUGUUAGUGCAAAUACAAUUACACUGAUUAUCAAAAUACUAUUUUAAACCAUGUUUCUCCUGAAGUAGUGUUUUGGAGAGUUUUGGUCAUAUGUCAAAAGCUCCAUUGGCCUGUUGUCAUUCAGAAGCCCUUCUGUUGAAUCGUCUCUUUUGUGAAUAAACAAAAUAAUGUCAAAUUCUAAUAACAUAAAUGAUGGUUAGAUCGUGAACAGCAUAAAUGCACGUAUUAGUGAAUUAAUAAAAAAUAUAAAUGAUGAAUAAGUACAAUUAUGUAUGGUGUAAUCCUUCAGUUAUACUGUCGAUGCAUGAUUUGGUUGCCAAAAGCAUCAACAUUACAUUCCUAUUACAUGGGUCUUCCUAAUUAUGCACCAUAGAUUAGUUAUGAUGCAUUAGAUAUGGAUCCACUGCUGCAAUCAUUCAGAGAUGAAUAUGCUGAUGGGUCAGUUUCUUUCAAAAGAACCUAAGAGUUAUUUCUAACUCUAAGUUGUUGCUCCACAGUAGAGGCUCACGCCAUUUUCAGCUCUACAUACUUGUGUGUUAGAGUGCCUGUGCCCUCCACAGUCUACAAUGCAAUUCCUUUGCUUGUCAUAUUGCUAGUUCCCAGUACCACUUACCACUUCAUCUUCUGGUUGUUUGUGCACCAUUGAAACAAGCAUCAGGGUUUCCCUCCAUGUUACUGAUUGUGGUGCACCGCAAUGGCAAACUAAAUGCUGACAAAUCUUUAUUUUAUUUUAUGUUUUUACGAUACGUGGAGCUACCUCGCAUCAGCAAGUUGUCAUCUGUGAUUACACUGCAGAUCACACUGAGCAUCCAAGUGUAUCAUGUUGGAGUUUGAGUUGUUGGUUUGCAAUUGUUUCUAAUUAAAAUAUGAUAAAGAAUAAGGCAAAGGGAUGGUAUGCCCAGACCAUGGUCAUUGAGUCCUUGUAGGCGGAGGACUGGACAAAUCUUAAACAGUCAUGUUGUAAGUGCAGGAAAUGUGAAGCUUCCCAGACCAGGUUUUCAGUCUCCAGUUACAAUUUUCAAAGUAAUGCUACACAAGUAGACUUCCGUCCAGACAAGGGAAACUAUGGUGUACUAUGGUAAAGAUUUAAUCCAGAUAUAUAAAUCAGUCUUUGAGUAUUGACUUAUACCCUAUUCUCAGCUUCUCAGCUGGGUCAAACCUCUAGGUGUCCACAAAGUAAUGGUAAUAGGCAGAUAACCAAAGAUGUGAUGCUUGUUUUCUAUUUUUAGCAAUGGGGUAAUGUUUUCAAUCUUCCAGGUGUGGCACAUUGGUUUUCUGUGUGACUCUACUCCGAGAUGAUGCAAGAUGCAAAAAGGUAUAAUGACAGUCUACGGUCUAACAGCAAAAUACCAAUUGAGGUAAAUUUUUCACAUUGGAUGUUCGACUUGUUCUUAUUGUUAUUUGUCCCCUCAGAUUCAGUCCACAUUCCUACAUCAGGCCCAAUGAUACCCAGUCAAGCUGUCGCUCAGAAAUCCCCGACAAAGUGUUUACCUUGUGGUCACUGUUCUCUCAUCUUCAAAUCCAAGGUCUUCUUAUUUGAACACCUCAACAAGGUUCAUCGCUUCGAUGUCGGUGCUGCUUUGACAGAUGCUGGUUUAAAGCACUCUGAGACUCACAAAACGGUAACUGACGACAGCAAUUAUUUUGAAUGCAAGAACUGCAAAUUCAAAGCUGUUAGUCUAGAUGAUUCACAGGAACAUGAAAGACAGUGUCAACAGAAAGUAGUGAAGAAAAACGGGAUUCAAAGUAACAUAAUUUCUGAAAAUCAUCAGGCCAAAAUAGUUGUUGUUCUGAAAAAGAAUGAAGAGAUUUCCUCAGUUGGCCCAGUAAAAUCUUCCCCGAAAGUUACAUGUACAUUGAGCUCAUCAAAGGAUCGGAAAACAUACAAGAGACCACUGCAAACGAUUACCAAGUUUUUAGUUCCAUCAGCCCCAACACAGCUAGACGAUAGCUCAAUGUCCCUUCUUGGAACCAAAGAAACUCUUAUUUUGCAAGAAUCUCCCUCUAACUCUCGCCCAAACAGCAGUGGUGUCUUUAAAGUUACUGCAAUGCCCAAUAUUGACAUGACCACAAGGGACUCUUCUCGAUGUUUGCUUAUGGACUCCUUUCCCGAUGCCACCUCGAAGCAACCAAAGCCUCAAGAACAGUCUGGAGAAACACCACCGAACAGUGUUGACAAGAGGCCCAGCAAUGAAAGUUCAGAUGGCCCUCCUUUGAAAAAAGCCAAAAAAGAACAUCCCAAGAAAGCAAAUGAAGGUAAACAACAGCCAUCAAGCAACCCAAGGCUUUCAUUAGAAUUCAGUGAAGAAGAAGAAGAAGAAAGAAAAUCUGAAGGAAAGAUGGGAAGCUCAAAGGUUUGUGUCUGUAAGCACUGUAACUUCAGUGCUGUGGGCAUCGGGCCUAUUUCCACCCACUACCAAAACUAUCACCCUCAUGUAAGAUUCAAUGCUGUGUAUCUCCAGGACCCCACUGAUCAGAGUGCCACCUUUCGUUGUUUGAAGUGUCCGAUUGAGUUUUCAAAUGUAGUUAAACUCAAGACACAUUAUACAGAAAGUCAUCCAGAGACCCCAGAUGUUCUCACUAUGCAAACACACGAACUCAACUUGGUUUUCAGAUGUUUUGUGUGCCCAUUUACUACAGAUGAAUCAAAGGCUUUGAAAGAACACUACAAGAAUAAGCAUCCAACCCAUACAGUGGACAAUUUCUUGAUGUACUGCAGGUAUUUGGCAAGCAAAUCCCCAGAGGGGAAUGAAUCACAGCUGAAUACAUGCGGAAAAGUACCCAGUAUGGAACCACCCAGAAAAAUUCCUCCAGUCAGCACAGCAAGUAAGGACGCCCAAAAAACGCCUUUGUCCCAACCUCCAACCUCAAUGGAAGCCGAUGUGGCCAUGUACCAUUGCAAGAACUGCACGUUUGCUCAUAAGUCAGUUAUUGUCAUGCAUGUGCAUUACCAGAGAAGCCACCCAGAUGAAGCUGUCUCAAUAGACACUCUCAAACAGUCAGCUCAUGGCGCAUCACUUACAAAGUCACAAACGACAUCAGACAAGUCUCCAAACCAUGAAAACGUUAAGUCUUUGCCCACUGAGGGCAACUUGGAUUCUCAAAAGUCAGGAAUUAAAGAUGGGCCGUCAAAGAAAAGGAUCAAAUUGAUUUUGAGAAAUCCUAUGCACAUCCCUAAAGUUGUCAACUCUUACCUUGAGUCUCACACAGCCAUGACAGUGGAACAUGAAGAGGACAGAAGUAAAAGGAAAAAGUCACCCGUGGACAUUUUAUCCAGCAGUCCACCGAAUAAAUUGUUUCACUGCCCGCGAUGCAGCUAUUCAAGCACUAAUAUUACAAAUGUUGUUGGACAUCAUAAUACCAAGCAUUACGGACAUGAACCAACAGAUACUGAAGAAGUUGCUUCAUAUAGUGUUGAGAUGGAGCAGAGGAAAUCCCAGAUGCAGGUUGGUACAGAGACUGAACCCUCUGAUUCCAGCAGGAACGAAUAUAAACUCAAAGAGGAUAAGGUGAAAGAGGCAUCAGUGAAGAAACCCAAUCCUUUUGCAUGCCCAGAAAACCUGUUCUACUGUCAAAAAUGCAACUUUGGAAGUCUGACUGUAAAAGGAGUAUUGAACCAUCAAUCCAAAGUUCACAAAUUGCUAAAGAUUGACAGAGAACAUGUCAUACAUUACACAGCGUUAAUUCGAGAUCAGAUUGAAAAGUCAAAAUCCAGUGAAAAUGGCUUUACUGCUCAGCUACCUCUUCCUAAUAUAAGUAACAGCAAAAACAAUCUGUUCUUCUGCCACUUUUGCAAUUAUAGUGCCAUUUCUUUGGAUCGUGUAAUAAGGCAUUACAUUGGCAGACAUCCUAGCAAUAAGGUCAAGAGGGAACAGAUCCGUUUGUAUUCGUCUAGGAUUCUCAAAAAGAUCGGUAAUUCCCACCUUAGGAAAAAAGAGGAUAAAAAGAAAAAGGCAAAGGUGCACCUCAAAGUUUCAGAGUCAUCACUGAGAGCCCCUCAAAUACAGAGGAUCAUCCAGUGCCAUAAAUGCUCCUACAAGACUCAACAUGUGUAUCUUUUGAAACGGCACAUGUGGCAAAUCCACAAGGUAAACCGCACAGUUACAGAAGUUUUAAGAAUGUGUUAUGAACAAGGAACCAUAAAGGCAGGCUAUCACUGUGAAACGUGUGUAUUUUCUCAUGAAACAGCUGAAGCAGUCUUUGACCAUUGCAAGAAAGAACACCCUAAACCACAUACCCUUGAGUAUGUCGUCACUCGGUUACAUGUCGGCCCCACUUCAACCAAAAACAAGAGGAAGAAACUACAAAUCAAGAAAGCUGAUUGUCCAAGUGAGGGAAAUGGGAUGGUUGAAGGUUUAUCAUCUCAAAGUCCUGGACACAGUGACACUAAGAUGCAUUCCUGCAAAGCCUGCUCAUUUAAAAGCGACUCACUGAUAAAUUUGACGCACCACUACCGCGCAGUCCAUCCUUGGUCUGUGAAAGAAGACGGCUCAGUCCUGGAUGUCAUGCACAGCAGGAAGUCUAGUGUCAGCAGUCAGUUUGAAGAUCAGAGUAACAAACAUGUCACAUUACACUCGUAUCAAGAGCCUCUUGAGUUUGAAGACUUCUCUGAUUCACCUGAAAAAGUGACAAAAUCUUCCAAAAAGACCAAGUGCCAUCAUUGCAACGCAAGGUUUCCUGACCAGCAUAAUCUUCACAUCCACCUCAGACUCGAACAUCCUGACCAUGCACAGAUGAGUGUAAGUGAACCUGAAAAAAAGCAAACGCAAUCUUGUGUGCAUGUUUUUAAGUGUUUGUAUUGUACCUACGUGAACACCAACCAUCAUGGAGUUCUCACUCACUGCCAGAUGAGGCACCCUAACCUCAGGUCUGAGGCAGGUAGUCUUUACAUUGAUGGAGAUCAUUUAAGCAACAUGAAGGGGUGUUUGAAAAAAACUGGUCAGGGUUUGAGAGUCAGUGGGUACAUGUGCAACACCUGUCCACAAAUGUGCGCAACACUGGAGAAGCUGAACAAACAUCACUCGAAGAACCACGAUGAGACAAAGUCCACACCCCCUCCUGAACUGUCAACUGGUCCCCAAAAAACACAAGUGAAGAUCCGAAGCAAUCAUGGGUUCAUAUCAAAAGCUUCUGUUUUGAGAAAGAAAAUGUAUACAUUGGUGAAGUGCCCACACUGUAAUUACAAGGCCACCACAAAAAUUGGACUCCAUCGGCACAUCCUUCUUUACCACAGUCAGGCAACUGGAGCAGGCAGUGUGGAUCCAGUGUACAAGUGUGUCCUGUGCUCCAGCAGCUAUUCCAGAAAAAAACAUCUGGGUAGUCACUACAAAACCAAACAUGGAAAAGAGAGCUACAGAAAAUACUUUUUACCUCUGAAAGAGCUAGCCGAAAAGAAGCCCUGGCCAUCGUCUCAGGACGUUCUUCUCUCCCAGUAUUAUGGAAAUAGUUCGGAAGAGAGCGUCUCAAACCCUGAGACAGGGGAAAACAAAAUGCUGGUCUUACUGUGUCCAUGCUGUCCCUAUGUGAAUGCUACCCACCAUGGAGUCCUCACUCACUGCCAAAUGAUGCACCCAGACUUCGUAGCCAGGGCAGAUGAACUAAAGGCCGUGGAAAUUCUUCCAACCAACGUUGUGGGUUUUUCAAAGGGAGGACGUGUUGCUCGAGGGUUCAGGUGUAAGAAGUGUUCACAAAUUUAUGCAUCAGUGAAAAAACUGAAAACCCACUGGGAGAGAGACCACAAUCGGACUGCAGAAAGGGCUACUGAGCUGUCAAUCAAAGACACUGAAGAAAAGCAACAGGAUCAUGAAUUCCAGCACUCAGUACUGGAGGCUUUCGCUUUGAAAAAUGAUCCACCAGCAGAUAGCGGUCCAGGAACUGACCUCACUCACCAGAUGGAAACGCCUAUGAUGGAUCAACAGACCACAACGCCAGAGAAGAACAAGGAAUGGCUGUAUGAGUGCCACAUCUGUACCUAUAAAGCUUUCUUUAGAAGAUACCUACAAAGUCACUACAGAAAGUUUCACAAGAUGGACGUGUUGACUACUUUCAACAUACUGGAGAAGUAUAACAAGCGGAAAACCAUUAGUCCUCAAUCUGGGGGAAGUGAAGCCGUCAAAUGUAAGAUGUGUCCAGACUUGAUGUUUGACUCACCUGAGCUGCUUCUUGACCACUUCAGAAUAGCUCACAAUUCAAAUCAGGUCCUGGAUUUCAUUAUCUUAUCAAGAAGAUCCAAGAGGACCACAGGGCUUUACAAAUGCAUCCACUGCAGCAAACAGCUGAACGGGAUCAGGAAGAUGGUUCAUCACCUGGACCGCCACAGAGACAAUGAGAUUGCAAAGAGAAAAGCCAUGGAUGUCAAGGAUAAGGAGACAGAGACUUCUGAUGUUGUGCCGAAGGACAAACCUGUGGAGGUAAGUUAACUCUGGCAGUAUGGUAAAUAAACUCUCAGUCCUUUCACAUUUUAAAUUUGUGUUUGUCUCUAAUCUUUAAGCAAGCUGAAGUGCCCAUGCUGGAGACUGUGGAGGAGCUGUCCAAGUGGAAUGUGACACCAGUAGUGACCCUGGCUUUGCCAACAAGCCCUCUCAAGUCUCCCGCAAAACCAGCACAUCCAGAGGAGGACUCAGUGGACGACAUACCGACUUGCAAACUCUGCGGCCGGACAUUCAUGUCACUCAGAGGUUUGCGUUCGCAUGAGCGCAGCCAUGAGGCGCUGGCAGCCAUCAGGAAACACACCCUGCCUUACUCAUUCCCCAAGCACAAGUAAGAAAGAAGACUUUUAGAUUUGUUAUUAUUUCAUGCUUAGACCAGACAUCAAGGAAGCAACUAACAUAAGAUGAUUUAUGUUUGGUUGUAAAGGAUUACGGAUGCUUUAAAAAUACUGUCUGGUGUUCUUGGACACUCACUGCCCUGUGGUUGGUUCUCACUGGAUGUGUUUACUGUUAUUUUUUUUACAGAGUUAACAAAUACAUCAUUUACAAACCGGACACCACAAAGCCUUUUGUUUGCAGUUUUUGUUCGUAUCGAACUAACGUCAUGGGCCUGUGGAGAAGACAUUUCAUGAAAAAUCAUCAUGGUGAGUGGGCCGCAUAAACUUCAACAACACCAUACUCACACUUGAAAUGGCAUUGGUAUCAUGCCUCUGGAGUUUUUGUUUGCAGUGCUAAUAUCGUAAAAAUUUUAAACCUGCAUGGAAAAUGAGCCGUAUCCCAUCCUCCUAUCCGUGUUUUUUAAAUAUUUAGUCUACUGGCUUGAGUGUCAGCUGUAAAUAGAUUUUAAGGAACAGGGAUCAGUCCUCAAACAGCUGUGAUACUCAUUAUUGUUGAUCAUAUAGCACUCAUGCAGAACUUGAGAUGUAAUUUUGCAUUUUUUUAAUUGAUCUUUCAUUGAGUCUGUUUAUCUCCAACAUGCAUUUGCUCAGAUGUUCUUACGGAUCCCACUGCGGCUGACCAAGACCUAGAGGAGGACAGCGCUCAGAGCGACACAGAGCCCCCUAAUUUAUCUGAAGAAAGGAUUAUUUUUCCUGAACAUCAUGAAAAACCUGAAACACAUAAAAGUUGGUCAUACCUUUCAUUAUUUUUUGAGAAUAAAUAUGCAUCUAAUUACUGAAUCUGUAUUAAACCCUCUGAUUUGUGUUGUACUCUAACAGGGUCGCUGUACUCAGAGCCCCCAGAUGUGCAGCGACAGUUGACCCAGUAUGACAUGUUGGCACAGGGCGGGGCUUCAUCUCAAGCUGCUGUGAAGGAGACUAUGAUGCUGGAGAGUAGCGUGCUUUACUGUGAUCUCUGCAACUUCAACACUGAACACCAGUCGAGUCUUCGACGACACUAUCAUAAUCGGCACGGAAAGAAGAUGUUAAGGUGCAAGGACUGCAGUUUUUUCACUGGUUCAAGGUAAAAUUUAACCACUAUGAGUAUAUUCCUCUAUGACAAGCGUAUUUUUUCCUUAUCUUGUCCUACUUUAAUUUUUUAGGAAACAACUUCAACAUAAUUUUGAUAUUUUGAACAAACAUGAACAUAUCGUCGCUGUCCAAUGAAAAACACAUAUCUCCACUUUUAGUGAUGUGGACUUUUUUCAAUACAUGCAUGGUCCAUAAUCUUCCUUCACAACCCCUAGUUUUGGGUAUCCAAAUGACCGAUGGAAAGACAUUUUAUAACCUCAUCUUUUAAACACGCAUCUCCAUUGGGUUUCGGAAGUGUCAACAAAGCAUGUAUCUCCCGCCCUGGCCCUGCCUUGUCAUGUCAGACUUACACUGUGACAGACUCAUUACGGUCCAGGGUAAUGCUACACUAACGUCCUUACAUCGACUGAUGCCGACCUAAAACUUUUUUCUCACCAUGACAGUGUUUCUUAUUUGUACGUUAGAUUUCUUGAGCCAAAGUUCAUCCCAGAGGCAAAGCUGCUGCUGUUUUCUUGUUAAAUUGGGAGUCGCAACUCAAAAAGGUUGACAACCACUGUGCUAUGUGAAAAUGUUGAAAAGCCCGCUUUCAAUAAUAGUCAAUAGUUCAUCAACAUAGUGGGACAUAAAGAGGAUACUUGAAGCUCGUAAAUGACCCGUCAUUGGAGUGCAUUAUAAAAAGAACAUGUAUGCCCACUACCACUCACAACCCAAAGCACGUGUGUCCAUUUAAAAUAUCAAUCAAGUCACUGAUGACUGUAAAUAUAGAUUUUGAUUUUGGGUCCUAAUUGUGUCCUAAUACAGUGUUUUUGGUUUAUCCUGUAGGGUAGUUUAUGAAAAAAAUGUUUCUUAAUGUUCCUGAAAAAAAAAAAACAUUUUGGAGAUACGUCUUUCUUAUUGGACAGCAACCAUAUAUUACAAUUUCGCAGGCAGUUCAUGUCCAAAAUUAACCCACAAUAAAAAAUUGAACCUCAGGAGUAAAUCCAACACAUCAUUCAGAGCAAACCUGAGGAGAAAGUUGACAGUAUCUGAAUUGCUCACGUGUUAGCUGCACAUGUGUCAUAGCGAUUUUUGUUUUCUGCCUCUAUCAGGAAGAGACUGGAAAUGCACAUGGAGAUGGGUCACUUUUCCCACCACUCAGAGCCUACUCAUCAGAAACACCUCAGCUGCCCUUUCUGCCUUUACCAAACCAAGAACAAAAACAGCAUGAUCGAUCACAUCAUCCUGCAUCGAGGUAAAACCGACUCUCUGAAUCUGUGAUCUCAAACACUCAUCAGUCAUUUGCUCACUCUUUGUGCUUCUUUCAUUCUUAGAGGAACGUUUGGUGCCAAUCGAGGUGCGCCGCCCGAAGCUGUCCCGUUACCUUCAAGGCAUCGUCUUCCGCUGUCACAAAUGCACUUACACGUGCGGCAGCCCUGAAAACCUACGUUUGCACAUGAUGAAACAUGACGACAUCAAACCCUACAAGUGUCGACUGUGCUUCUUCGACUGCACAAGGCUGAGCGACUUGGAGGCACACCUGAGUGAUAAGCAUCAGGUGAGGAUUUGUAGCUUAAUCCCUUCAUGCUUUGCUGGAAUCCCUUUCAGUCUGUGGUCACCCUAAGUUUUGUGGUACUGGAAUUUGAAAAGUAAAGAGACUUUGAGACCGUUUCUUUGUUUUGUAUUUUUAGUCCCUGAAGUAUAAAUGAUGAAAAAGUUAGGGUUAUUCUUUGAACUCUCUGGGGGGAUACAGGCAGGGCAUGAAUGAUAUUGUAGCCGUGUUACUGGGGUCUUGGUUAAACACUGGCUACUGAAGUGUUCCUUGGGAAUUUAUGAAGUUUUCUGCUGUGGAAGUGGGCUGAAUUGGGUUUUAUCUUCUGGCUUUGCAGGUUGUGAGGAAUCAUGAGCUCGUUGGUCAGGUCUGCCUGAAUCAGCUUGAGGCAAGGGUUGGUCAAAUGUCCAAGUAUGAAGAGGAGCCUUCAUCGGACUCAGAGCAACUCAACGUUGAUACAGAGAUUGUAAAAAAAGAGGCGAUGGUCUCAGGCUAUGAUGAAGUUCAAGAGGAGACACAAACUGAACAUCUUCCAGGAAAUAUCCUCAUAAAGUUGGAAGAAACAUACCAUAAACAAAUAGAAGACAGCACCAACAGGGCUGAAGAAGAACCUGGGAGUCCCCCAUUAGACCCUCAAAAUGAGAAUUUCAAACUCAGCACUUCAGGCCAAGAGGAGCUUGAGCAGGACCAACAUGAACAAGCAGGGACUGGGCUUUUGUCAGACCCUGUGCAAGGACAAGGGGCAGAAAAUGUGGAAGACCAAAAUAUGUGUGAAAGUAUGGAAUUUCAGAGCUGCAACCCUUCAGUUAAACAGCAGACAGAAGAAGAUGAAGCUCAGGCUCAACUCACAGAGGCUGAGGACAGUUGCCCGAGGGUCACACACAAAAAAGAGGAGGCAGAAGAUGGGGUCUCAAUCAGUGAAAUAGCUGAAAAGGAACGGGCAAACAAGCUUCAUGUAAAGCUGGAUGUGAAGGACAGCAUCCCUGAGAUUAAUGAAAAGAUGGAUCAGGAUUUAGAGGGUCUAAUGGGACAUAAUAUUGUGAAAAUCUUAAAUGAAGAGAGCAGUAUCACUGCAGCCAACAACCCUGAAAGUGUGGUCAGUAUGGUGGAAGAGAAAAGCCCAGAAAGUAAGUUCAAGGUCCAAUGUGAAAUCGAUGCGCUUACUCUUAUGCCAAACUGUGCACAGCUUAAAAUAAGCCACGUGGAGAGCUCAGGUGUCUCAAUGACAACCUCACAAAAGGAUCUAUUAGAUAAACAACAAAACAGCGAGGAGAUCAGAGACCCUUACGGGGAAAUGCCUGUACUUAAGAAUGAAUACCUCAACGAAGAAAGAAACCCUCGAGGUUGUUAUGAGGACAGUAAUCAGAGUGAUCAUCUUGAAGAAAAGCAGGACAAAAAACAUAACACUAGUGAAGGUGAUGAGGAUGGUUGCACAGAUCAGGAACAUGAAGAAGUUGAUGGGACAAAGGAUGCAAAUAAACCACAUGAACUCGAAGGUGAGUGGAGCAGCUGUUGGCAUCAAUGAAAACAAUGUAGAGUUCAUGGAGGACAAGUCAUGUUGACUGGUUGACAAAUCUUUUGAUGAGUCUACUAGUGUGUAAAAUGUCACUUCUGUCUCAUGGAAACAUUGAUGUGCAUUUUGACUAAUUUCUGAUAUUAUCAGACUUACUGAUCAAUGUUUGUGAAGCUGAACUCUUGUUUUCUUUCCUCAGGUGCACUUCAAGUUACAGAAGAAGAUAAUGAAGAGCACUGUCGUGUAAGCACCGAGGAUAAACAGUUUACCUGUGAGCUUUGUGGGCGAAACCUCAUGAACAGCUCAGAUCUGCAGCGUCAUGUAGUACGGCACGGUCUAUAGUUGUUUUCUUCUAAAGUUUUUAAUGAUUAAGAGAGUGUCUACUGUUGCUUUUUGUGUGGAAGGUAGAUUUUCUUCAAGUAAACUGUCUUUUACGUUCUUUUUUUUUAACGUACUGUUUUUCUGAGAAACACAGUUUGAGGUUUUUUUUUAUGUUUUCUAUAUUUUAAAACCUUCUAAUUAAAGAUUUUUACUCUGGCGCUGUUGGGCCUAGGACUGAAUUUUACUGAUUCGAGUGAUGAAACUUCCUAACCCAUAUACAGUGACUAGUUCAUCCGUAACGAAUUGUCAUGGGAUUUCUAGUUUCUGUUGUAACAAGACUAAUGGACAUUUUUUGAAUCACCACAGCCAGAAUGCCAUUUUAUCCCCCUUUAGUGUAGCUGAGGGGAGGUAUUUACCUGUUUGUACUACUGUCAAACAUGCAAAAAUAUUUACACUGUGAAUUAUUGAUACAUUAUACUGUUAAAUACAAAGAUAUAACCUCACAACCACAGAUUGUGGAGAAUGCUUAUGCUGCCCUAAAGUACCGUUAGUAUUUCAACUUAAGUUGCUCUGCACUUUGCCAGUGAAGAAGUGCAUUGUUUUGCCAAGUGCGUCAAUGACUGUGGAAGCUCUAAGUGCAUGUGCAUCCAUACAUUAAGAUUUCUCCAGUUUUUCCGAAGAAGUCAUUUUGUGGAGAUCUCAUGAUAACAUCAGAUAAUCAGUACAAGUGUUGCUGGAGUAACACACUUGUAGAAUACAAACAUAGAAACAGACAUAACCUACCUCAGUGGUGUUGGCAACAUGGCAUGUUGUAGUUUGCUCAUUACCCACCACCUUAGUUUGUAAAUUUUUUUGAUGGCCAGAACAUCAUGAGAGACAAAGAUUUUAGAAAACUAGAUUGGUUAUCAUGAGACAGAAUUCAGCAUGGUCUUUAGAAAAACAAAACAAAUGUAGCUAUCUUGAAAUGAUGACAAAGUUAAGAUCUCUGGAAACAAAUGGAACUAAUUCUUGACCAUGGAGAACUUAUGAAUGUAUGGAUGAGUGUCUCUGUAAAGCUUCUGUAAUUAACAGUGUUUCAGCUGGUACUUCUUGUAAAUUAUAUACUCCUUAUGACUUUUUAACCUGUCUCUUGUAUGAUACCAGUUAUGUUUCUUGUAAGUGAAUUGAGAGUAUUAAUAAAUCUGGUGUUUGUCUUCAUUCUACAUAUAAGAAAUGGAUAAACAGUUGAUAGCAAGUAUAAUAUCUAACUUAAAUAGUAAAAGGUUU